AGCUGUUUUCUUAACCUUCUAUACACGCUCAACUUAUUCAUAAAGCUCUAUCGCGACUCUUGCGACUGUUUUCUGGUGUUGUUGGGGCAGAGACUCCGCGUGGCAACCAACCCAUGAUGCGCGUCAACGGCAAACGUUUACCCGCCACCACGCAGCAAGCUGUAGUAGAGCAUAUAGCUGCUGUGGAGAAAGAUUCCGAGGUUUCUGCUGCCUGCCAAGUCGAUCGUCGCACUGUAGCAAAGCUGCGAUUAAGCUUAGAGUACUGGGGACAGUGCUAUCCUCCGCCUUCUGUCAGGCUCGGCCGCCCGCCUUUACUGCAGCAAGCGCAGCUAGAAGCACUCCAAUUAUACCUCGAUGGGCGACCCGGCGCCUAUCUGGAGGAGAUGCAGCAGUGCUUAUACAACGAUUACGACGUGGAGUGCUCUCUAUCAACAGUGUGGCGGGCUUUGGAGAAGCUUCACUACAGCAGGAAGCUGGCUACAAAGCGUGCGAUUGAGCAAAGCGAGCCACUCUAGAGGGUGUACAGAGCGAGGAUGCAAUAGUAUAAGGCGGAGUAAAUCAUUGCGAUUAAUGAGAGCGCUUACAACAAGAGGACUAGCGACUAUACCUUAGUUAACGUAAUCGGCCAUUGAGUCGGCCAGGCAAUUGAGCUGGCCACCUUUGCCAAGAUCACACCUCAUUCCACCUCUCAUCUAAUGUCUCAACAACCUGAUCUUAGAUUACUUCCUUGUAAGGAUAGGAUAAUCCUUGCUAUCUAAGCUAUAAAAUCUAACGCGUUAAUAAG